GAAAUCGCGCGCGAUCUCUCUUUAUUUACGUUGCAUUCAGUACAGUGAAUCGACGUGCAUGCUCUCGCUUUCCUGAGUGUUUUUAGACAUAGCAGGAAAACCCCAACUCUCGACAUGAACAGCCACGAAAACAGCCACGAAAAUAACUCGAAUUCUAUAAGUACAAAUUCAAAGAAGAUGCGACUAGAGCCAGUCAAUAAAGUCAAUGUGGUCUUGGGAGCACAGUGGGGCGAUGAAGGAAAAGGGAAACUGGUCGACUUGCUGGCGACAGAGGCCGAUGUUGUAUGUAGAUGUGCGGGAGGAAACAAUGCCGGGCACACGGUUGUCGUGGGUGACAAGGAAUAUGACUUCCAUCUUCUACCAAGCGGUAUCAUCCACCAAGGCUGUACAUCAGUCAUAGGUAAUGGUCUGGUGGUUCACAUACCAGGGCUCUUUGAGGAAGCGGAGAAGGCCAAAUCAAAAGGACUAGAGGACUGGAGCGAGAGGCUACGCAUCUCAGAUAGAGCACAUUUAGUUUUUGACUUGCAUCAACAAGUCGAUGGCUUACAAGAGUUGGAAAAGUCCAAGAACAAGUCGAGUCUUGGCACAACGAAGAAGGGAAUUGGUCCAACUUAUUCCUCAAAAGCCAGCAGGACUGGCAUUCGUGUCUGUGACCUCAUGGGGGACUUCACAGUUUUUGAAGAAAAGUUUCGAGCACUGGUCAACAUCCAUCAGAAACUGUUCCCUCAACUUGUAGUCGAUGUUGAGUCCGAGCUACAGAGAUAUCAGAAAUAUGCCAAGCAGAUCAGGCCUAUGGUUUGUGACACAGUCUAUCUCCUGGAUUCGCUGCUCAAAGAACCUGAAAAACGCAUCCUGGUAGAGGGCGCCAAUGCUACCAUGCUCGACAUCGACUUCGGGACAUAUCCAUACGUCACGUCGUCCAACUGCUCAAUAGGUGGUGUUUGUACAGGGUUGGGAAUUCCACCUAGGAGUAUUGGUGAAGUGUACGGUGUAGUCAAAGCUUACACAACCAGGGUAGGAGAUGGUGCCUUUCCAACUGAGCAGCUGAAUGAGCUUGGUGACCUUUUACAGAGCACAGGUCAAGAGUUUGGUGUGACGACCAAGAGAAGACGACGAUGUGGUUGGUUAGAUGUGGUCCUUCUCAAAUACGUUCACAUGAUCAACGGGUUCAGUGCGCUUGCUAUGACCAAGCUGGAUAUCCUGGAUAUCUUUGAUGAGAUUAAGAUUGGAGUCAAGUACCUGAUCGAUGGAGAACCUCUUCCUUCAUUCCCAGCCCAUCAAGAUGUGUUGAAGGAAGUGGAAGUUGAGUAUGUGACGAUGCCUGGGUGGAACACGAGUACAACUGACUGUAGGAAGUUUGAAGAUCUCCCAGUAAAUGCCCAGAAGUAUGUCCGCAAGGCAGAGGAACUUAUUGGCAUCCCAAUUAAGUGGGUUGGAAUCGGUAAGAGCAGAGAUUCUAUCAUCCAGCUUUUCUAGUUUCCAACCAGAGAAUUCCAUGGAUUUUAACAUAGUGCUCAUCUAUAAUAUGCCUGAAGUUCAAGGAGUUGGCCCUGCUCUGCAAACACUGAUCAGGAACGUCCAUAGUUGCAUCCUUGUAGGGGGGGGGGGGGUCAUGAAUAUAGUCAAUGAUGCUGUAAACAAAAGCUUUAAAUAUUCUGCAACCUCUGUGAGUGUUCAGAUACAUUCAUAUCUCAAAUAAUACAAUUAUGAGUGUAUCCCGAUGUCGUAUGACUUUAAUUUGGUAAGAAGGCACUUUCAUAGAAGAGCAUUCUCUUGCUGGUAGAUUUCAAUUUUAGUACAUACAAUCUUUAACAAUUCUCAACAAAUAUGAAGUCUGUAUAUAUUAUUUUUAUGACAUCAUUUUGACUCACCUGUGUAGCCUAGCUGUGAUUUGAGUUGAUGACAAUUGCUCAGGAGUGAUUUCAUGUUUCAUUUCCUCUCUCCCCAGUGUGUACAGUACAGUGUGUAUAUGUGGUAUUUUUUGCACUCUGAUAUAUCAGCGUAAUUGAGACGAUACUGAAUUUUUUUGUCAAGACUUAAUUGUGCAGUCGACCAUCUCCAACACAAGAAACAGGUCUCAAUCAAUAUUUCUGUGAGUUUGGUCAGAGGUUUUUUGCCAGAAGAUAUACCAUAUACACAGUAAACGAAAGAGAUGUUAAAGAUUUCUUCCUGGUUUUUGUUCACUAUCAUUGCUCUUUCCAUCCCUCUCUCCUUACUACCGUUAUUGCUACCUCUUUGAGUUCAGUAUCAUUGAAUCAUUCAUGUUUCUAAAUGUUGUGAAGGCUGCUCUCAAGUGUUUGUAUACCGUACAUCAUUCAAGUUUUAAGCACAAUCACACACACAUUUUGUCCCAGGCCGAUGGUAGAAUUACCUUGAUUUUGUAAAAGAUUUGUUGCUCUUUAGUUGCUUAACCCAGGGGUGUAGAUGUAUUGAUUUAGCAGGUGCCCCUCCCUACUCCCUCUCAAGGUUAUAGAUAUCUCUUUUGGAACAUCAUUGGUACCUCAUGUUUGGAUGCCCAUGAAUCUAUAUAUGAUGUGCUGUUAUAUUGGUGCUUUCUAGUUGAAUGCCUAAAGUAAAAGAUUUGAGUUCUGGUAAUAGGGUGAAAUUACCUUAAAGAACUAUUUUAUUUAGAACCAUAAUGCACAAAAUUUGAAAACAUUUGUAUUCAAAAUGCUACUCAUGAGGUUUUUUUUCAUUUAACACUUUACUAUAGUAUAUUUGUUGUUUGGUUAUAACUUAUUAUUUUGCUUUCAUUAUAUUGAAUAGAGGUUGCUGUUGUUAUUAGAUGUAAUAGUUGUUUUCCUGAAAUGUUUUUUAUAUUAUUUUAUGUUAAUUUAAAUUGGGUAGUCCAUCAUUACUCCAUUUUGUACUCCUGUAAUACUCUAACGUUAAAAUACUAACAUCUAUUAUUUGUAUGCAUAUAUUAGUAUAAGAUAACUUUAAAAGUGGUCCACUCAUAUGAAAUGAAUUACAAAAGCAAAUCAAAUGGAAAUUUACAAGCAAAAUUGUUACAUUUCUAUUUCACCUUAAAAAAAGAAUAAAGUGAAGUCCUUUAACUUCCCCAUGUGCAGUGCCAGAGAAAUUGCAUAUCUUGAAGCAUUUGAUUGGAAUUGUUUUAACAGAUCAAUGUAAUUAUUAAUAUGAUAUUUUUUACGAAAGUCCAUGGCUCCUUCUAUCAAAAUUAAUAAUUACAAGAAAAAAUUUCAAUGUUGCUGUAUUGUGUGGUUAGAAAAAGGAAUUGUGAGAAAUUUGUAUCAUAGCCUUUUGCCGAAAUGAAUAUUUCUUUUUAUCAAAUGUACGCAAUCACUUAUUGUAUAUAUAAUGUCAAACAAUAGUGUAUAAAAAAAGAUUUUAAGAAAAUCAAAUAUUUUUUAGGCAGACUGAACUAGUUUUUUGCUAAGGAUUUGGGUUACUGGUAUGGGAAACGGAUUCGCAAAUGUGUUUCAAUCAAAAUGUACCUGGUUUACCUGGUUUUCAUUAUUUCUACACUCUGAACCUUUAACAAAAUGUUAUUUAAGGAAACUUUGUGUUUUGCUUUAUUCAAAAAUAGGAAUGGUAUAAAAAAAACAUGCGCACAUGAAACUCACCUUGCAUAUUUAGAAAUGUGAAAGACACAAUAUUAUUUAAAAGACAGAAAAUCUUGAACUGGUUCAAGAAGGAGAAAUUCAAUGAAAAUGGGAAAAAAAAUUCUCCUGUUGUGUUUAAGCAUACAAAAUACAAUGUAUUCUGUUUUUGAUCUGAGAGAAUCUUAAUUUUUGUUACAGAAGGUUGGCAGCUAUGCAUUUGAAUUAUUCAUGGUAACCUAGUACUCUGGUCUAGCCAAACUGUUACUGGUUGUUAAAAAAUUGCCAUGGCAUUACGAGCUAAUCUUUAAUAUGUUGUCAUCUGUCAGGUAUAAUUAAGGUUGCGUCUAUGCUUUAUUGCUAGAUUCUUAGGUAAGCAGUGGAAAAAGUUAAUUAUUGUGCUAAACAGCAGCUUUUUAUCAAGAAAUUCAUGUUUGUAAACAUUUCAGUCUCUCAAAACAAAUAGAAAAUAUUACAUAGAGAAAUUAUCAAAUUGCACGAUGAAAAAAGUGAGAUUAAAAUCACACAAGAAAUCACACUUUCAAUACUCGUAUUAUCACAGGAAGAUUAGAACCUUCAACUAGGUUUCAAUGUCGUCUUCCUUCAUAAUUUUAUUGUCUAAAAUUGGGUGUGUGAUUUUUAAACUGUAUGAUUGAAAACUAUAUAUAUAUGCUGAGAGAUAAAUCGAGAUGAAAAGGAGUUUCUUGCUCUCCAUUGUAAUUAAUCAUCGGAUUGUAUAGCUUUAAAAAAAAAUCUGAUGUGAGCUGUUUCAAAUAAAAUAUGGGAUGUGGUGAAGAAUAAAACUA